AUGGAUUCGCCCGACUGUGUCGAGUGCAAGGCUGUGCUCGAGGACCUGGAGAACAUCGACUCGGACACCGAUCGACAUGGAAUUAUAUCCAUGAGAGAUAGGGGUGCGGACAGUUCGCCCGAUACAUUGAUUAGCGUCGUGAAGACGGCUGAGACAGAGAUAGCCCGCGAGUAUGGCAUCAAAGAGCUGCCGGCGCUCAUCUACUUUGAGCGCCAGAUUCCCAGCGUAUAUGAGGGCGAUAUGCGGGCCGAGGAGGACGUACUUCAGUGGCUCGUCCAGCAAAAAACGGAAGACACCAUCGAGUCGGUCAAUCGGGAACUACUGGAACAGCUCAUUGAGACCACACAACAAUUAUUUUUCAUGCAUAUUUAUCUGCGUUUAACUAAUUACUCUAAAUAUGCCGCAGAUAAGCCGAGCUGUCGGGCGUGCGAUAUAGUGCUGGACGAGUUGGAAAACAUCGAUGACGAUUGCGAGAUAUAUGGCAUCAACUUUGUGAAGAUCCAGGACCAGCCGCUGGCCAAACGGUACGGCAUUAAGACAUACCCGGCGCUCAUAUACUUUCGUAACGGCAAUCCACUCAUCUAUGAU